CGGGGAUGUUGCGCCUUGCGGGGCUCCGCGCCUCCGCAGGCCUGGCCGCCGCGGCCAGGGCCCCCGCCGCCCCUCGCCCCCCGGGCCUCCGCCUUCGUCUCCUCCGCGCCGCGACCAUGGAGCGCCCCGCUGCGGAUUUUUGGGAUGCCAGAGAUUGAAACUAGGGCCUUGUUCAUAUGAGGUACUAUACUUCUGAGCUAUCUCCCAGAGUAAGAGAAAUAAAUUCCCAUGAAUGUGAAAGCGUGUUAAGCAAAGACAAAGUCUCAGGGGAAUUAGAAGGCAGCACUGUGGACUCUCUGACGGACAUGCCGUUUGCUACUGUAGAUAUUCAAGAUGAUUGUGGAAUCACUGACGGACCUCAAGCAAAUUCAAAGAGAAGCAAAGAAAAUGAAGGCAUCAAGAAUGAGCACAUAAAGAAGAGGAAAAAACCCUCGAAAGAUUAUCAACCCAACUAUUUCUUGUCUGUUCCGAUCAUCAACAAAAAGAUUACAGCAGGAAUUAAGGUCUUGCAAAAUACGAUACUACAACAGGAUAAACGACUGGCCAAAGCCAUGGUUGGUGAUGGUUCCUUUCAUAUCACCUUGCUGGUGAUGCAGUUAUUAAAUGAAGAUGAAGUAAACAUUGGUACUGAUGCGCUUUUGGAACUGAAGCCAUUCAUCGAGGAAAUCCUUCAAGGGAGGCACCUGACUUUGCCCUUCCAGGGUGUGGACACUUUCCGAAGUCAGGUUGGCUUUGUGAAGUUAGCAGAUGGAGAUCAUGUUAAUACCCUUACAGAGAUAGCAGAGACUGCACAAAGAAUAUUUCAAGAAAAAGGAAUCCUGGCAGGAGAAAGCAGAAGUUUUAAGCCUCACUUGACCUUUAUGAAACUGUCAAAAGCACCAGUGCUCAGGAAGCAGGGAGUGAAAAAAAUAGAGCCCGAAUUGUAUGAACAAUUCAUCAACCACAGAUUUGGAGAAGAAAUUCUGUACCGGGUAGAUCUGUGCUCCAUGCUGAAGAAAAAGCAAAGUAAUGGUUACUACCACUGUGAGGCUUCCAUUGUGGUUGGUAAGUGCCGUUGAAAACAUCGUUCAACA